CAAAAAGUGAGUCUUUAUAUCAUCAAUCCCACUUCAUGCGCAGUAUGUCUUUGCCAGCUUGACCAUACAUUGCCACAUUUCCACCUCCCUCUCUCUCUCUCUCUCUGUCUCUCUCUUAAGCGACACCGUAGCAUCCUCACAGACAUGUCGUCGGACGAUGAGGGAGGAGAGGAGUACCUAUUCAAGAUCGUGAUAAUAGGAGAUUCAGCAGUAGGAAAAUCAAAUCUUUUAUCUAGAUAUGCAAGAAACGAGUUCAAUUUACACUCGAAAGCAACAAUUGGAGUAGAGUUUCAAACCCAAAGCAUGGAAAUUGAUGGCAAAGAAGUUAAAGCUCAGAUUUGGGAUACUGCUGGUCAAGAAAGGUUUCGUGCUGUUACUUCUGCUUAUUACAGAGGUGCUGUUGGUGCUCUCAUUGUUUAUGAUAUCAGUCGCCGUACUACUUUUGACAGUGUUGGUCGUUGGCUUGAUGAGCUCAAAACUCAUUCCGAUACAACCGUGGCAAGGAUGCUGGUUGGGAACAAGUGUGAUUUGGAGAAUAUCAGGGAUGUGACUGUUGAGGAAGGGAAAAGCCUUGCUGAAGCAGAAGGAUUGUUCUUCAUGGAAACAUCUGCCCUUGAUUCAACAAAUGUUAAAAAGGCUUUUGAGAUUGUUAUUCGAGAGAUUUAUAACAAUGUGAGCCGGAAGGUCCUGAACUCAGAUACUUACAAAGCUGAAUUGUCAUUAAACAGGGUAACCCUUGUUAACAACAGUGAUGGAUCAAAACAAUCCCAAAGCUAUUUUUCCUCCUGCUGCUCCAGGUAACCACUGUUCUUAUCACACAAAGGAUUGGACAUGUUGAGGGUUUUUUUCAUGGUGGGUCGGUUUUUAUGUUUCUUUAAUGAAUGUCUUCAAGGUUCUUUAAUUGCAAAAUAAGUUAAUAUUUAUAGAAAUGAAAUUGUUUAGUUCGAUACACAAAAGAGCAAUCAGAAUUUUGUGCUUUAGAAUCAAGAAUCAUGUAAUAGUGCAGAAUAAAGCAAAUGGUCAUUUUUACUUUUGUGAGAUUGUAUCAUGUUUUACUUGAAAAGGGUCAUAUAUAGCUGCUGUAUUUGUUAGCUCUGUACUGCUAUUUGUCAGUCAAUUGGAUAGCAAGGUGGAACAGAGCAAGGAUGUAUUUUGUUAAUUUAUUGUAACCAGCGUUAUUGUGGAUUUUAUUGAUAAAUUUCUCUUUAAAAAUUUAGGAUUGUUUCAGUUAA